UCCUCCUCCUCCUCCUCCGCUGUCCACCUCUCCUGGCCUCCUCCGCCGGCCUCCCCUCUUCUGGUCUCCUCUGCUGUCCAUCUCUGCUGGCCUCCCGAGCUGUCCUCCUCCGUCCAGCCUCGCUUUUCCCAGCUCGUCCGGAGGGACCAGGAUGCUCUGAAGAGAGGCUUGACUGAGGUCACAGGAGCGAGCGCCCAGUGCCCACCGCCCGCAGAAUGAGCGGAGAAGACCCGGGCCCCGAGGAGGCCUCGUCCCCGGCGGGGCAGCGCCCCUCGGACCACCGCUUCUCGGAGGAGGCCCGCGACUACCUGCGGCUGCGCAACACGGCGGCCGGCCUGCGCCAGGACUUCAACAUGAUGGAGCAGAAGAAGCGCGUGACCAUGGUCCUGCAGAGUCCGUCUUUCAGGGAGGAGCUGGAGAGCCUGAUCCAGGAGCAGACGAAGAAAGGGAGGUCGUCUCACAUCUGGGCCCUGCGCCAGAUCGCCGACUUCAUGGCCACCUCUGCGCCCGCUGUCUUCCCCACCACCCCCAUCGGCCCCUCGACGGUGGCGCCCAUCAACGACCUGCAGGGCUCCGACACGCCGCCGCUGGCCAAGGGGGAGCGGCAGCUGCGCUGCAAGCUGGCCGCCCUGCACCGCCUCCUCGACCUGCACGGCUGGGCGGCGCUGGGACACGCCUACGUCACGGUGCGGGUCAGCAAGGAGCAGGGACACUUCCUCGUCAGACCCCCGGGACUCCACUGUGCAGGCGUCACCGCUGCAACCCUGGUGAAGGUGAACAUCGUGGGUGAGGUGGUGGAGGGCGGCAGCAGUGGUGGCAGUGGCAGUGCCCCCGUGGACUCGGUGGACUUCCGCCUGCACGCCGCCAUCUACGCCGCCAGACCUGAUGUACGCUGCGUCGUCCACCUGCACACGCCCGCCACCGCCGCGGUGUCUGCCAUGAAAUGCGGUUUGCUGGCCGCCUCCCACGAUGCCCUGCUGGUGGGAGACACCGUCUACUACGACUUCAACGGCGAGAUGGAAGACGAGGCCGACCGCGUCAACCUGCAGAAGUGCCUUGGCCCCACCUGCAAGAUGAUGGUACUUCGGAACCACGGGAUGCUGGCUCUGGGGGCCACGGUGGAGGAGGCCUUCUACAACAUCUUCCACGCGCAGGCCGCCUGCGAGACCCAGGUGGCAGCGCUGCCCAGCGCGGGGGGCGCGGAGAACCUGAUCGUGCUGGAGCGGGAGCGGUACCGGACCCAGCAGGCGGGGGCCGGGCGCUGGGCCGGGACCACCUUCGGCCCCAUGCAGAAGAGCCGGCUCGGGGAGCACGAGUUCGAGGCCCUCAUGAGGAUGCUCGACAACCUGGGCUUCCGGACGGGCUACUCCUACCGUUACCCGUUCGUGCAGGACAAGGCCCGGCCCCGGGGCGACGUGGAGAUCCCCGCGGCGGUGACGGCCUUCAUUUUUGAGGAUGAAGAGGGGGCUCCCGGGGGUGGGGGCGGCCCCCUGCUCCCGCCCCACGCCCACAAGCAGCAGAAGGAGAAGACCCGCUGGUUAAACACCCCCAACACCUACUUGAGGGUCGACCGACAGGCCGAGGCCCAGCGCGGCCUGGGCAGCCCCCGCGCCACCACCGCCUGGAUGAAGGCCGAAGAGGCGGACAGAGCCGGCAGCGGGACGCCCAUCCGCAUCGAAAACCCCAACCAAUUUGUGCCUCUCUACACGGACCCGCAGGAAGUCCUCCAAAUGCGGAACAAGAUCCGGGAGCAGAACCGGCAGGAGGUGAAGUCCGCCGGGCCUCAGUCCCAGCUACUGGCCGGCGUCAUCUCCGACGAGAGCCGCAGCCCGUCGGUGGAAGGCCAGUUGGCCUCCCGGGGCGAGGAGGAGUCCAAAGAAGUCCGGCGGCGGCGGCGGGAGGAGGAGGAGGAGGAGGAGGAGGAAGAGGAGGCGGCCGAGGCGGAGCCCCCCAACCCCUUCAGCCAGCUGACCGACCAGGAGCUGGAGGAAUACCGGCGAGAGGUGGAGAGCAAGAAGCUGGACAGGGGCCACGGUGAGAAGGAAACGCCAACAGAGGAACCUCCCCCGGCGGAAAAGUCCGGCUCGGCUUCCCCGGCCCAGAGCCCCUCACGGCAGCCAGAAGUCCAGAGCCCAUCCCGACAGCCGGAAGCCCAGAGCCCAUCCCGACAGCCGGAAGUCCAGAGCCCAUCCCAACAGCCGGGAGUCCAGAGCCCAUCCCGACAGCCGGGAGUCCAGAGCCCAUCCCGACAGCCGGGAGUCCAGAGCCCAUCCCGACAGCCGGAAGUCCAGAGCCCAUCCCGACAGUCGGAAGUCCAGAGCCCAUCCCGACAGUCGGAAGUCCAGAGCCCAUCCCGACAGUCGGAAGUCCAGAGCCCAUCCCGACAGUCGGAAGUCCAGAGCCCAUCCCGACAGACGGAAGUCCAGAGCCCGUCGGAGUCCCCAUCCAAGAUGGCUAGUGACGCCGCCGAGGAGAGCGAUUCGGGCCCGCGGCCGGCCGGCACGGUGGUCAACGGCAAGGAGGACGAGCCCCCCGCCGGAGGGGAGAGCCGGCCCAAGGUCCCCGGAGAGCCCCGCUCCCAGGAUGGCUCGCCCUCCAAAUCCCCCUCCAAAAAGAAAAAGAAAUUCCGCACCCCUUCUUUCCUGAAGAAGAGCAAGAAGAAGGAGAAAGUGGAUUCCUGAUCCGUCUCCCGACCCCCGACCCCCGACCCCUCCCUCCUCACCUCCCUUCCCCGCCAACCGCCCCGCCGCCGGUCUCCUCCCGGCCUCGGAAGGCCGGACGAGGCCCGGUGGGAAGAGAGCCGGCGCGGAUAAUAGUAACGGUGGAAUUUCUCAAGCGCUUACUAUGUGCCAAGCACUGUUCUAAGCGCUGGGGAGGUUCCAGGGUUGUC